GUUUCGGAAGUACUGACGCGCCCUGGCACCGACAUCGACCGGUUUUUUGAUCGUUUUUCAUAUCGUCAUACAGCGCUCUUCAUAGCCACUAAGCUCAAUAGGAUAGAGCUGAUGCGUCUUCUUCUCGAUGCUGGCGCCGACCCCAAUCUAAUUUGCACUA